AUGAGUGCAUUUGCAGCUUUCCGAAAGCUGUCCAGAAGUACGCCAGAACUACCGUCUUACAGUUCCCCUUUUCCAAACAAUACCUUAAGUUCCAAUGUCAAGUUAGGCGCCAGAAAUGCCAUAUUCGCAGACUCCUCCAUCCUAAUAGGCCUCAAUCCAGGGGAUUAUGUCACUGCAAGUGGCACAUACACAUUGAAGAUUGUCAAGGGAAGUGCAUUGAUAAACAGCUUGCACAAUAUUGACAGUGAACAAACUUAUAAUGUGAUCACAAACGCAAAUGAACCGCUACCCGUUAUCAGUGGAGUCGAUAAUCCUACACCUAAAGAUUCCAUACUACCUUCUUUUCCAACAGUUAUUGAAAUCCAAAAUUACGAUACGGGUAUUCAGCAAAUCGGUCGCAUCCAGGAACAAGUAAAAGGCUUGUAUCUAGAUAAACCCGAUUCACAGUACACCUUCGAUGUGAAGGAAGAAGGUGAUAAUGACACUGAGGGUAUAAGAAUUGACCAAAGCGCAUUUAAAGCAGUUACAGAGGUGGGAAACCGUUUAACAAAUAAGUCAGAGGUGGUCUUGGUCGCUGGAGCUGCAUUCAGUGGAAAACUGACCAUGGCACAUUUGCUUCUCAACUACAUCACCAUCAAUUCACCCGUGGCAUUCCUAGAUUUGGAUCCGAAUAGCGGCAGGUUUUCACCUCCAGGCUGUUUAUCAUUGAGUGUGCAAAGCCAGCCGUGUUUUGGAGUGUUCAUACCAAACGGUGAGCUGAAGGGAAAAACACUAUAUUACGGUCACAAUAGCCUGACGGCCUUACCCACGUAUUUCAUGAAAUGUGUGCGUGAAUUGAAGGAUUACUAUGAGUCCAAGUUGCUGAAACAUCCCCUUAUUGUGAAUACACCACCAGGCAUCAAAGGCCUAGGUAGGGAGCUACUCUCACAGAUAUCUGCACUUUUCAAAACUUCAGUUCUUGUGUACCUAUCACAGAACGGCUCGCCUGAAGUUGAAUCUUUUGAAGAUGAUUUCGAGGUCCAGGAUAACCCAGACGACGAGGUCAUUGCUGAUCUAACCCACAACACACUCUACAAGGUCCACGCUACACGAAAGAAACCGAGGUUUCUGAACUACGCCCACGAAAUUGCCUUACUCCAAUACUUCCACAGAAUUGAAAGCAAAUACGACUUCUCGUUUCUAGUGGAGCUGCCUCCUCAAAUGGUGAGCUAUUCACGUGGGGAUCCUCAUGGGGUACCGCAUGUGGUUUCUCUCCACCAGUCUAUUCAAAAAUUGAGCAAGGAAAAUGUCGAGGAGUAUUUGGAAGCUUCUGUGGUCGCCUUGUGCUCUGUUGAUUUACCACUGCACCUUGCCAGCAAGACAUAUCCUCAAAUCAUCACGACAAACGACUUUGUGAACUUAAGCCACGACAUGAUCUGCCUUUGCAUCGUCCAUCUGAUCAGCAAAGAUGGGCACUAUCUAGUCUAUCUUCCGAGAAACUCAUCCGUGACACUGCGGUUGAGAGAAGAGACAUCAAAAAAGAGGUCACUUGCAUUUGUCAGGGGAGAUUUUGGUAUUCCUUCUGGUGAGUUUUUAGCUCCCCAUUUUGAAGGCAGAAGUAUUCCGUACCUUGUUCCAGAGCCACUUAGUAAAGUAGGUGGUGUCUGGAACGUUCGAAAGAAUCUAGGACGCAAGAAUCAACGGUGA